AUGGUUAUUGUUCCCAUCCUGCUCAGAACUGUAAUAAAUGAAGGAGCUAAAAUACCCUUUAUUGGCUGUAUUGUACAACUUUAUUUCUUUGGAAUCUCUGAGACGUUACAAUGUCUCCUUCUAACUGUGAUGUCCUAUGACAGAUAUCUGGCCAUCUGUAAUCCUCUGUGUUAUUCUUCAAUAAUGAGCCACAGAUUGUGUGUUAAAUUCAUUGUCAUAUCAUGGCUGCUUUCCCUUAGCUCAACACCAGUUACUGUUGUUACUGCAGCUACACAAGAAUUCUGCAACCAAAAUACCAUCAACCAUUUCUUCUGUGAUUUAUUCCCUCUACUGGAACUUUCCUGCUCAGACACCUUCUUGACACUGCUAUUGAUAAUGAUAUCAUCUGUCCCUGUGAUUCUUUUCCCUUUCAUACUCAUCAUUGGAUCCUAUAUCUGUAUUGCCCAUGAAAUCCUAAAGAUAAAGUCCAAUAUUGGGAGACAAAAAGCCUUCUCCACCUGCAGCUCCCACUUGGCUGUGGUCUCCAUAUUUUAUGGGAGUCUCAUUGUUACUUAUGUGGUUCCCACAAGAAACCAGUCACAGACCAUUGGAAAACUUCUUUCACUUUUAUACACAGUAGUGACUCCUUUUAUUAACCCAAUGAUUUACAGCUUGAGAAGUACAGAUAUGAAAAAUGUCCUUAAAAAAGUCUACAAUGAAAAAUGCAAUUACCAAAUUUAA